UCGUAAACAAUUCACGCACUCCGCUCGUCCGGUGCGUUUGAAAUGUCAAUCGUAUGCUUUCGCCCGCGCGAUUAAAGUGAAACGUUAAACAUUCCCCGACGGAAAACGAUACAUUCGAAACGUCAAAAAUGCCGUGCGAAAUGAUAACUCUGCAGCUUGGCCAAUGCGGCAAUCAGAUUGGAUUCGAAUUUUGGAAAAGGCUGUGCGCGGAACAUGGUAUUAGUCCGGAAGGGAUUUUAGAAGAUUAUGCAACGGAAGGGACUGAUAGAAAGGAUGUGUUUUUUUACCAGUCGGAUGAUGAACACUAUAUACCACGAGCUGUGUUGCUGGAUUUGGAACCCAGGGUAAUCCAUACCAUCAUGAACUCCCCAUAUUCAAAGCUGUACAAUCCUGAAAAUAUCUACUUGUCAAAGCAUGGUGGUGGUGCUGGUAACAACUGGGCAUCAGGAUACCAUCAGGGUGAAAAAUUACAGGAAGAGAUCUUCGAUAUAUUAGAUAGAGAAGCUGACGGCAGUGAUAGCUUGGAAGGUUUCGUUUUGUGCCAUUCUAUAGCAGGAGGCACAGGUUCCGGUAUGGGAUCCUUCAUGUUAGAAUCUCUAGCCGAUAGAUUUCCGAAAAAAUUAAUUGAAACGUAUAGCGUUUUUCCAAAUCAAGACGAGAUCAGCGAUGUUGUGGUGCAGCCGUAUAAUUCGUUAUUAACGUUAAAAAGACUGACUCAAUGCGCCGAUUGUGUGGUAGUGUUGGACAACACUGCUUUGAACAGGAUCGCCUCGGACAGAUUGCACAUUCAGAAUCCUAGUUUCACGCAAAUCAACAAGCUCGUCUCGACAAUAAUGUCUGUCAGUACCACCACUUUGAGAUAUCCCUCGUAUAUGAAUAAUGACUUGGUUGGUCUGAUCGCACCGCUCAUACCAACUCCUCGCCUGCACUUCUUGAUGACCGGCUACACGCCGCUCACGACGGAUCAAGAGGGUGCGUCCGUGAGGAAAACGUCUGUUCUGGAUGUGAUGCGACGAUUGUUACAGCCGAAAAAUAUGAUGGUCUCUACAGCGUUAGAUAGGAAUACAUCGCACUGUUAUAUAUCUAUUUUGAACAUAAUACAGGGUGAAGUAGACCCGACGCAAGUGCACAAAUCCUUACAAAGAAUCAGAGAGCGAAAACUCGCACAGUUUAUUCCAUGGGGUCCAGCUAGUAUACAAGUAGCUCUUUCAAGGAAAUCGCCUUAUAUACAAAGCACACAUCGUGUGUCAGGCUUAAUGUUAGCCAAUCAUACUAACAUAUCGUCGCUGUUCGACAGAGCUUUACAACAGUACGAUAAGCUGCGUAAACGCGAAGCAUUCUUGGAACAAUUUCGCAAGGAAAAAAUGUUUGAGGACAAUCUCGACGAGCUGGACAAUUCGCGAGAGGUCGUUGAGUAUUUAGUGAAGGAAUACCAGGCAGCCACUCGGGAUGAUUAUCUCAGUUGGAAUCCAAGCAAGACAGACGCAUAAAAUGUCCAUAAAAGGAUUGACGAGAGAUCUCUAAGAUCUCAUGCUGCAAUAACGCUUGGAAAGAACAUGUCUAACGGAACGAGCAAUGAGGAAAUUGAAGCUC